AUGGCGUCAAGAGGGGGGCCGGAGCUGUCCCUGCAGCAGCGUAUAACACGGACACAGACGAUGGGGAACAUUGGGAAGUCAAUGAUUGAUAAUGAAGUGGUUCCAUCGUCUCUGGUGGAGAUUGCUCCUAUUCUUCGUGUUGCCAAUGAAGUUGAGCCCAUCAACCCCCGUGUUGCAUAUCUUUUAUUGUCAAAUUCUGACCGUGGACAUGAUCUUAUACAAACAUCCUUUCUAGUUCUCUAUUCUAACAUCGUUACUCUGGUUGUAGGUCGGUUAUAUGCUUUUGAGAAAGCUUAUCUGUUAGAUCCCACUUCUAGUGGACGUGGUGUUCGGCAAUUUAAAACAUCCCUUCUACAGCAGCUUGAAAGGGAAAAUGAUCCGACCUUGAUUGGAAGGGUUAAAAAAAGUGAUGCACGUGAAAUGCAGAGCUUUUACCAGCAUUACUACAAACAGUACAUUCAAGAUUUGCAAAAUGCUGCUGAGAAAGCAUACCGUGCACAACUUACUAAGGCAUACCAAACUGAAAAUGUACUCUUUGAGGUUUACCGGGCGCAAGCAGUAGAAACCGAUCUUGAGAUUUUGGAAGCUCAUCAUAAAGUUGCUCAUAAUCUUCCUUUGGAUAGUGUUAAUCAGACAAUUAUGAGAUUUCCAAAGAUUCGAGCUGCUGCUUACGCUCUCCAAAAUACGAGUGGUCUUCCAUGGCCCAAGGAUUACAAGAAGAAGAAAGAUGAAGAUAUUCUUGAUUGGCUUCAAGCUAUGUUUGGAUUUCAGAAAAAUAAUGUUGCAAAUCAAAGGGAGCAUCUCAUUUUUCUACUUGCAAAUAUACACAUACGCCAGUAUCCAAAGCUUGACCAGCAACCAAAGUUGGAUGAGUGUGCUCUGAAUGAAGCCAUGAAGAAGCUUUUCAAAAACUACAAGAAAUGGUGCAAAUAUUUGGACAGGAAAAGCAGUUUAUGGUUGCCAACCAUACCACAGGAAGAACAGCAGCGUAAAUUAUUAUACAUGGGAUUACAUCUUCUCAUAUGGGGGGAAGCUGAAAAUUUAAGAUUCAUGCCUGAAUGCCUAUGCUAUAUUUACCAUCACAUGGCAUUUGAGCUCUAUGGCAUGCUUGCUGGCAAUGUUAGUCCCAUUACCGGUGACUAUAUUAAGCCAGCUUACGGAGGGGAAGAGGAGGCUUUCUUGCGAAAAGUUGUUACUCCUAUUGAUGAAGUGAUUGCACGGGAAGCUGCUAGGAGCAGAAGAGGAAAAGCAAAGGAUUCCCAAAGGAAGAUCUAUGAUGAUUUAAACGAAUACUUUUGGUCAGUGAACUGCUUCAGGUUAGGUUGGCCCAUGCGCGCUGAUGCUGAUUUCUUUUGCGUCUCUGUGGAAGCAUAGUUAGGGUGUGCACUACUAAUAUAUCACUAUUUUCUAAAGACAUAUAUAUGUAUAUACAUGGAAUUUUUGCCGAAUUUUACAGGUCCGCCUCUGGGAAGAACAGCCAAUCGUAUUGCUUAAGUGAGAAGAGUUGCUAUCCUUCAUAAGAAAUAUAUGAUCUCACAGAUCGAUUAGUCCUUGCCCGAAAAGGUGAAUGACAGAAAACUUGCAGUAGGUGUUUUCAAGCUAUACGAUCCUUCUUCUGUACUCCCUCCGGUCCACAAUAACGUGACCAAUUUAUUUUUUUAUUUUGGUUCAAAAUAAGUGUUCAUUUAUAUAAUCAAGAAAA